GGGCGGGGCGGCGGCGGAGCCGGAGCGGGAGGCGGGUGACCUUGGCGGGCAGAGCCGGGCUGCGCUCGCCGCCGCCACCACCGGGAAGGCUGGGCGGGGAGACAGCCGAGAUGGUGGAGGACAGCGGCGGCGAGGAGGAGGCGGAGGGGGACAGCGGGGAGAUGCCGGCGGCCGCCGCCGUGCCCCCCCUGCCGCGCUGCAACGGCUUCCUCCCCGGCAAGGAAGCGGAGGAGGGCGGGCAGGCGGCCCCGGCGGGCGGCGAGGCGCGGGCGGCGGAGGCCGAGGCCAUGCUGGCGGCGGGAGCCGGGCGGCCGGAGACGCGGCUGUCGCGGCGGCGGCUGGCGGUGCUGGCCGUCUUCAGCUGCUACUCGCUGGUGAACGCUUUCCAGUGGAUCCAGUACAGCAUCCUCAGCAACGUCUUCGCCGGCUUCUACGGCGUCUCGUUCACGCAGGUAGACUGGCUCUCCAUGGUGUACAUGGUGGCCUACGUGCCGCUGAUCCUGCCCGCCACCUGGCUGCUGGACGCCCGCGGCCUGCGCCUCACCGCCCUGCUGGGCUCCGGGCUCAACGCUCUGGGCGCCUGGCUCAAGUGCGGCAGCCUGGCCCCCAGCCGCUACCCGCUCACCCUGGCCGCGCAGACCGUGUGCGCCGUGGCGCAGGUCUUCAUCCUGGGGCUGCCCUCACGCAUCGCCUCCGUCUGGUUCGGCCCCACCGAGGUCUCCACCGCCUGCGCCGUGGCCGUGCUGGGCAACCAGCUUGGCACUGCAAUUGGCUUUUUGUUGCCACCUGUUUUGGUUCCGAAUACACCUAACGAUAUUGAUCUAAUGGCGCAUAACAUCAGCAUCAUGUUCUAUGGAACAGCAAUAGUGUCCACGCUUUUGUUCUUCUUAACAGGAGUUGUGUUUGAAGAAAAGCCCAAAUACCCUCCUAGCCACUCUCAAGCAGUCCUGCAAACUGUGCCUCCCGAGGAUUACUCCUACAAGCAGUCGAUCAUAAACUUGUUCAAAAACAUUCCGUUUGUACUCUUGCUGAUCAGUUACGGUAUUAUGACUGGGGUGUUUUAUUCUGUCUCCACGUUGUUAAAUCAGAUGAUAGUAACUCAUUAUGAGGGAGAAGAAGUGAACGCUGGGAGAAUUGGCUUGACACUGGUGGUGGCAGGAAUGGUGGGUUCGAUUAUUUGUGGUUUGUGGCUGGAUUACACUAAAACAUACAAGCAAACUACUUUGAUUGUUUACAUUCUCUCUUUCAUUGGGUUGCUGGUAUUUACUUUCACCCUGGACCUCGGAUACCUUAUAGUAGUGUUCGUGACUGGAGGAGUACUUGGGUUCUUCAUGACUGGCUAUCUCCCACUUGGGUUUGAAUUUGCUGUGGAAAUUACAUACCCAGAGUCUGAAGGCACUUCCUCAGGUCUCCUCAAUGCAUCAGCACAGAUAUUUGGAAUCAUCUUUACACUUGUUCAAGGAAAACUCACAACAGACUACAGUCCUCGUGCAGGAAACCUCUUUCUUUGUGCUUGGAUUUUUGUGGGCAUUAUCUUAACAGCCUUAAUAAAAUCAGAUUUGAGAAGACACAAUGUGAAUUCGGGGAUUAUGAAUUUGGAUGUUAAAGCUGUACCAGUUGACAGUCCUGUAGAACCUGAAAGUACUACAUUAAAAAUUCAGUCGGAUUUAUAAAACUGAAAUAAGGUGACUUAGAAACGCACAAGUUUGGUUGCAUACUGGACGAUAUUAAUUGGUGUAAUCACUGGAUUUGUGUGUAUGAGUAGCAAAAUGUGCUUGGUGAUAGUUGUGAGGUGGAAACUAUGAAGAUGCUCAGUUCAUUUUGCCCAAGAUGUAAAGAAUUCACCUUUGUAUGGAAUAUUUAUUUUAACACUUUUCAAGUUUUGCAGUUUCAUUUAUAAAGAACUGUGUGAAUACUCUCCGUGCUAUGACAUGUACAUUCAGGAUGCACACUUGAAAAAAUCUGGAAUCUUGAAGUACAAUCAUCAUGAUCAGGAGUGUCUAAUCUUUUUCCUGAAGAAUCGAGAGGUAGUUAAUUUCUUGUUCAGUCUUUGCUACUGCAUUUGAAAAGUCAGAGAAUAGGUAGCUGCACAGCUGGAAGAUGUUCACAAGUUCCUUAUUUUUUUAAAUGUAUUUGCGUUUUUAAUGUAAGCCAACGGUUCCUUCUGGGAAACUGUCGAUAGCACAAUACUGAAAACAAGAGAUGACUACAAAUGUGUGUGUUCCAUACUGGCAUCUGACAUUUCUUUUGCCUUGAAACUUCUCGAUAGAUAUCAGAAGGCAGAUAAGAGAAAACACGGUAACAUCCAUUGUAACGUUUCUGGGGAGGUGUAAAGAGUUUCCUACUAGACAAAUUGAAGAAAAAACAUUUCUUAUUAAAUACAGUCAAAAAGGAGGUGAAAGACCUUUGGUAUCUCUACUGUGAAGUAUUUACAGGCAAUGAAAUACUGCCACACAGGUUGCCUCCAUGGAAUAUUUUAAGCGCUUUCUCAGUUAAAGUGAGAGUUUACAAAGAGCUGGUGCCUUCACUUUGUAAAGAAGAUCCUUGGCUCAUCUUGAGUAUAAUCAUUGCUGCUGAAGACAUUCCGUUUUGUAUGUUAAACAUCCUCUGAGUAUUUGUAGAGUAUCAGAAAAUGUGUUCUGUCAUUUUUGCAUUUAUUUCUCUGCGUUAUGAAUUGUAUCAUUUGCCUCAUGAAAUUUUUGCACUCAUAUAACUUAAAUCAUGUCUUUCACAGUUUGUUAAAAGCUGUAAGGAUGACUGAAAAUAGUGAUGCUUCACUUUGUCUGAUGAAAUAUUCACUGUUUAUGUCAUGCACCUUAGCUACAAAAGGAGCAGACUUCACUAACAUUGACCUUGUAUUAUUACAUUUGUCUGAAUUUGGGAUGUGGAUUUCUCACUGCAGUGUUUCUCCUUUACCUUGUACUCUAUCUCCACACCUACAGAACUGACAGCACUACAAUAUACUGAGGCCCUACUAUUAUUGCAGAAGUCAGACCUGAGUUAGCAGAUUUUCUGCAGACAUUUAAGCUUUAGCAGCCUUUAAGUUGAGCCUGCAGGUUCAGUGCCAUCAAUGAUGCCGUCUGCUUUGAGUUCCCACAGAUGUAGUGCCAUCCAGAAGGCCGGAUCCUACUUGUUUUUCUAUGGAUUCUUACAGUUGGGUAUGGUGAACCUUUUAAUUCCAAGAUAGACUUUCAGUAUAAUAAGUAUUGAUAAAUGCUUUUCUUUUUCUUGUUUCACUGUAGGUUUAGAGAAUCCUCUUAUGUAAAAAGGACCCUGUGAACUUAGCUUACUAAACUUAGCCUCUGAACACGAUGAUCUCGAUUUAACAUUUUGUAUGAUAAAUGCUUCGGACAUGGGAAGAAUGGCAAUAUACAUAUCAGAAUAAGCUAGGUAUGCUUGGAACACUCACCUUUCAAAAACAGCUCUGUGUCUUUUUGCCAGGUCCAGUACUACAGAGAAAAUGAGCCCCCUUGCUGCUCUUGGAGAGGAGAGCCCUAUAGGAAGAGUCCUCUGGUGACGUAGGUGAAUACAGGCAAAAUAAUCAUAGAUAUUCAAACAGCAGGCAAGAGCAUAGGGGUGGAAGCAGAGAUGCUUUCAUUAUGUUAGUUCUUUACAUUCAGUGACUUGCUGUGAUAUAAGCUGCCCCAUCUGUACACGUUUUCAGCCUGAGUGAGCAAAGUGAAAGUUCUUUCCUUUUCAUAUCUGCGGGUGGCUUUUCCCUUUGGAAAACUGAUAAUAACGUAUGCCAAAAUAUGUAAGUUCUUCCACAAGGUACAGAUUCAGUAACUAUUUGUGUGUGUGGUACUUGGUUGCUUUGUGCUUUGUACUUUGUACUUCUGCUGUUGCAAAAUCUGAACAAGACAAUGUCUUUACGGUUUGGAGGAAGUGCAGAUGUCCAAAGGAAGUCUUUGGCAGUAUCCAGGAUGCUUUCUGAGACGCCCAGUACAUACUGUUCAAAUUCAAAGAUGCAGCUUUUUUCUUCUUUUAUUUUAAAUAUUUUUUUAAAUUCAUUUCCUCACUACUGGUUUCCAGUUUCUUUAGUUAUGUUCAGCUGAUUAUUGAAAAAAAUCUGGCUCCUUGUGUUUUUUAUCUUCUGCCAAAUUACUUGGCUACCCUCUGAAAAGGUCCAAACAAGAUUCUGACAUCCUGGAAACCCUGCUGGGUCCCCGAAAAGAAAAUAUUCCUAAUAAUGAAGGCUUAAUUACAUCCUGGAUUUCAUAUUCCCCCUCUAAAAAGAGCCUGGAAGUUGGAAACCUGUGAGCUAUUUCCAGGCAACGAUUAAGUAUUCAAAUAAAAGGCUCAGCAGCAAAAUAACAAGCAAAUGAAGAACAAACCAGUAUUUUAUGUAAUAAUAUUAUAAUCUGUCAAGAAACUGAGGUUCUAGCUCAUGGCAGAAAUAAAUUUGGGGUAGUUUGGGCUUCGGGUUUUUUGCUUUUAAUUUUUGUUUUUAAACAAACAUCCACCCAAUCAAACAUCCAUCUGGAACCUGAAACAGGGUCUCUGACUCUCAGCCUUGAGAUUGUGGCUCAGCCCUCCAGUAAGAGUAGAGGUGGGGGCUAAAAAAUCAUAACUGCUUAAAGAGCAAAUUGUUCAAUGAAUGGAAUUAUAUGUCAACUAUGAGAGUAGGGAGUGGGAAACCAAGUGAGGAGAGGUAUCCCAGUCCCACGCAUCAGCUUUUGCUUUUCAAUACGUUUUAAUUUUGAGCGCUUUGAGGGAACUAGAGGAUGAAAGAGCACUCGUGGUGAGUGUCAGCGAGGGGGCUGCCCGCACAUUCCCAGAGACCCCCCCAGGGUCUGUAGUUGCUAAUUUUCAGCUACAAGAUUUGGAGAUUAGCCUUUAAAAUAGCUCUAUCUUUGUUUGUUUCUUCCAGACCAUGUUAAAAUUUUGCUAACUUAAGUGGGAGAGACACAGAGAACAUUAACCCAUUUCUAUUUAGGGUUUUUAACAUGGCCUUAAAACCAUCGUUUCUGUUGGCUGGGUGUGAAAAUAUCAGGCCUGUAAGGAAUAGUCUGGAAUUUCUGUAAUUGGGAGCUUUCUUCUUCAGCUUUGUAGAGAAGUCCUUCAGAGCAUUUAUUUUGUAGAUGGGUGCCUGUCUUUAAUAACAUCUCUUUCUGUUGCUGAAUGCUCAUGUUUUAUGAGGGAGAAAUAACAAGGGAUGAAGUGGGGAGAAUACAUCUGAAUCAUUUCAGGUUAACAUGGCUUCCCUAACUUCAUCCUUUUGAUCAUUCCUUUUGUCCAAUGCAGUCUGUUGUUUCAGAGACAAUCACUGGAGUGUGUGAUGAGAGCAGCCAGCCCAAGUUGCCUAAUGAAAAAAUGCUUUUUGAGAAGUCUUUGUACUGUCUCAUUCACCUACAACCAAGUGACACUGGGUUAAGGUAUAAGCACUUACUGCUUUCAUUUUUCCAUUCUGUGAACUCAUGAGUCUUCCUAUGUGAGUGGGAACGUGUGACCUUUUCAGUUGCUGCCUUUCAGUACGUGUAUGUACCACCUUGAGUGUUAUAAGCUACUAAUGAUUCAUAGACCACCGGCUAAGUUAUUGUAUCCCAUGUGAUUUCCCUACCACCACCAUUUGGUCUGGAGUCUGUGAAGAGGAAGAAGGGAUGUUAAUGCAUGAACUGGAAUGAAUUAAGCAAAAAAUAUUCCUAAGAGAAAUGUAUUUCCAUGUUAAGACCCGUGUUACUUACUGCUGAUGUCUUUGUUCUUCUCAUGAAGAUAACCAAGAUUUUUGCUUUAAUAUUUUGGUUUUGUUAGUGUCCCAUUCUUUGUUUCAAGAGAAAAUUAAAAAUUCCUUAUGAAUAUUCUCAGAUUGCAAUAUUGUACGUAUGUGUAUAUGUGGGUAGCAUCAUUCCUUACCAUUACAUGUUAUUAAUAAAGUGUAUAACGUGUAACUUGAUCAGAACGAAGAUUAUGAUUUUUGACAGCUGCUGAUACAGCUGAGGCUCUAAAAAUGAUUCAUUUUUUUCCUUAAAAGCUGUCAGAUGAUGUCAGAUGAUACACUGUGUCAUUAAUAAACAUGCAUGCACACAUA